GUAACAAUUCUGUGUCCCUCUGUAACAAUUCUGUGUCCCUCAGUAACAAUUCUGUGUCUGUCCCUGAGUAACAAUUCUGUGUCCCUGAGUAACAAUUCUGUGUCCCUCUGUAACAAUUCUGUGUCCCUCAAUAACAAUUCUGUGUCCCUAAGUAACGGUUCUGUGGCCCUAAGUAACGAUUCUGUGGCCCUAAGUAACGGUUCUGUGGCCCUAAGUAACGAU